AGAAUAUUUCAAUAGAUUCUCAAUCAAAUGAAUCAACAACCAAAGAAAAGCGAUUCUCGAUAGUUUUGAAAAAUUUGAGUCUGAAUGACUUCAAAAAUAUUGGUAAAAUUCCAUGCGCCCGUAAAAGUUUCUUGUACGGAAUUGGCGGAGGAACAACCAUUGGCGCAUUAAGAUUUUUACAGAAAGGUUUGGUCAACUCUGAUUUCAUGGGUGUAAUUAUGAUAAUUACAGGUAGUGUUCUCUCGGCUUCAAAUUGGGCUGUUGGAUCGUUCUGUAUGAUCUCAAUUGGAACAUGGGAAUAUUGUCGUAUUAAACGACAGCUCCAAAACGACAAACUUAAGAUAGUUGUAGAACAAAUCAACGAGUUAAAUAGGAAGAAAGCUCAGGCUAAAGCAACAGAAAAGGCCAAGCAAGUAGACACAAAUAUAACUUGAUGAUUCAUUCACGUUUACUAUUUGUUAUUACUAAAUUAGCAAAAAAAAGUCGAAUUUUUUAUACCUUUUGUAAGAAAUUUAUCAAGGAUUUCCCGUUAUAUGGAUUCUCGAUCAUAUUCUUGGGAAUCUUUUCGUUGAGAUACAUACAAUACGACGCGUUAUUGUAUUAAAGCAA